CCUCUGUCUUAGCAGAUUCAGUGUGGAAGCAGCUGUCCGACAGGCUAGAAGGACUUUAUCCCCCAAUUUUACAUGCGCUUUCUAGCUUCAAACUACUGAAAUGAAAGGAGCAAGGCUAUUUAUCCUGCUUUCUAGUUUAUGGAGUGGAGGCUUUGGGCUUAAUGACCCUAUGCACACUUGGACUACACCUGAGGAUGAGAACUCCCAGAAGAACGCGACCUCUGCUUCAGUUCCUCCAAACAAAGGACAAAGUCUCCAGGUGCUGCCAACCCCCCAGAUAACAUCAACUGAGGUGGCCACAGCUCUUGAUUCCAGCACUUCCGAAGACAGUCUUCUGAAAUCAAUACCACUGCCCUCAGAGACAAGUGCAUCUCCUGAGGGUUUGAGAAAACAAACUCUCACACCCACAGAGAAGACAGAAGAAGGGAUGCUGAAGUUACAAACUCUUGCCCUCCAGACAGAAUCUGCCCUCAAGCUCAGUCCUAAGGCAGAGUCAUUUAUUCUUUCCAACUCCACCCUGAAAUUUCUUCAGAGCUUUGCCAGAAAGACGAAUGAACGAGACAUUUCUCCAAACUCAGUUGGAGGCAUGGGAAAUCGAUCGCCACGGGAAACGUAUCUCAGCAGAGGUGACAGCCCUGGCAGCCAAAGAACCAGCAAACAAAAGUCAAGUUUUGAAACAACCAGAGGAAAGAACUGGUGCGCUUAUGUACAUACCAGAUUAUCUCCAACAGUGAUACUGGACAACCAAGUCACUUAUGUUCCAAGUGGCAGAGGGCCCUGUGGCUGGACCAGUGGACCCUGUCCUCAAAGAUCUCAGAAGAUAUCAAAUUCUGUGUACAGGAUGCAACAUAAGAUUGUUACCUCAUUAGAAUGGAAGUGCUGUCCUGGUUUCAGCGGACCAAAGUGCCAGCUAAAAGCCCAGGAACAACAGCAGCUGAUACACAGCAAACAGGCUGAAAGUCACGCGGCUGUUGGCAGAGGAGCAUUGGAGCAGCAGCAGCAAGACUGUGGUGACCCAGCAGUGACGCAAAAAAUGACUGACCAGAUGAACCACCAGGCAAUGAAACUAACCCUUCUGCAGAAGAAGAUUGACAAUAUUUCUUUGGCCGUGAGUGAUGUAAGGAGCACAUAUUCCUCACUAGAAGAGAAAUUCAAUGAAGACAAAGGCAGGGAAUUUCAAUCUUUUCUAAAAGGCCUAAAGUCCAAAAGCAUUAAUGAUCUGGUGAAAGAAACAGUAAGAGAACAAUUAAAAUUUUUUCAAAAUGACAUAGAAGAGACCGUAGCGCAACUCUUCAAGACUGUAUCAACCGUCUCCAAGGAACUUGAAAAUGUCAAACAAAUAAUUCAACAAGUUAAUGAAUCUGUAAUUUCAGUAGCAGUCCAGCAAAAGUCUGUUUUAAUGCAAGAAAAUAGGCCUACUUCAACAGAUAUACUGGACCUGAAAAAUCACAUUGUAAAUAUAAGACAAGAAAUGACCUUUAAGUGUGAGAAGCCUGUUAAAGAACUAGAAGCAAAGCAGACUCAUUUAGAAGAUGCUCUAGAACAGGAGCACUCCAGGAGAAUUCUGUAUUAUGAAUCCCUGAAUAAGACCCUUUCUAAAAUGAAGGAAGUGCAAGAGCAUCUUUUAUCAACUGAACAAACAUCAAAUCAGAAGAGUGUUUCAGUUCCUGAAUCAGUUAGCAAUAACAUCACUGAAUAUGUAUCUACUCUGUAUCAGAAUAUAAAGAAGCAAGGUUUGAUGUUGUUGCAGAUAUCUGAUGAUUUGCACACCCAAGACAGCAAGAUAAACAAUCUUACCCUUGCUUUGGAGAUGGAGAAAGAAUCUGUCAGAGAGGAAUGUGAAGACAUGUUAUCCAAGUAUAGAGAUAAUUUUAAAGUUCAAAUUAAGGACACAGAAGAGAAUUUACAAGUUUUAAACCAAACAUUGGUUGAGUUUCUCUUUCCAAUGGACAAUAAGAUGGAUAAAAUGAAUGAGCAACUAAAUGAUUUGACUUAUGAUAUGGAGAUCCUUCAACCCUUGCUCGAGCAGGGAGCGUCCUUGAGAGAGACAAUGACUUACGAACAACCAAAAGAAGUAGUUGCUACAAAGAAAAAAGUGGAAAGUCUGACUAGUGCUGUUAACAGUCUUAAUGUACUUACUAAAGAACUUACAAGAAGAUACAACUUACUUAGAAAUGAAGUACAGAGCCGUGGGGUUGCCUUAGACAGACGUAUCAAUGAACAUGCCUUAGAAAUGGAAGAUGGUCUAAAUAAGACAAUAACUAUCGUAAAUGAUGCCAUUGAUUUCAUUCAAGACAACUAUGUAUUAAAAGAAACUUUAAAUAUACUAAAGUAUAAUCCUGAGAUCCAUCAUAAAUGUACCCAAAAUAUGGACACUAUAUUGACAUUUAUUUCUCAGUUUCAACAUUUGAAUGAUUCUAUUCAGAUUUUGGUCAAUGACGAUCAGAGAUAUAACUUUGUUCUGCAAGUUGCCAAAGCCCUUGCAUAUAUUCCUAAAGAUGAAAAACUAAGGCUGUCCAACUUUCAAAAGAUUUCCCAAAUGUUCAAUGAAACCAGUUCCCAAGUGAUAAAAUUCCAGCAAAAUAUAAGUCAGCUGGAGGAAAAAAUACUCUCAGCCACAAAAAUUUCCAAAAAUUUUGAAACUCGGUUGCAAGGCAUUGAGUCUAAAGUGACCAAGAUGCUCAUACCUUACUAUGUUUCACUAAAAAAAGACAGUGCAGCUACAGAUGAGAGCAACCAGGCUCUACAACUGCAGGUAUUAAAUUCCAGAUUUAAAGCACUAGAAGCAAAAUCCAUCCAUCUUUCUAUUAAUUUCUCUUUAAUUAACAAGACUCUCAUUGAAGUAGUAACAAUAUGUCAUGAUGCUUCUAGAAGUAUAUCAGAACUAAAUGCUACCAUACCCAAGAGGAUAAAAGAUUCCCUACCAAAUAUGCAGCUUCUUCAGAAAAGUCUGACAGAACAUGUGGAAUCAGUAAUGGAAAUAAAAACUCAAAUUGCCCUAUCUAAUUUAACUUGGUAUAUAAAUCAAUCAUUGUCUAGUAGCAUUGCAAAUAUUGUCAAGUCACAGAAGCAGAUAAAACCAUCGCUGAAGAAACUAAAUGCUCUUAAACCAACAGUGAACCUGACAACUUUCCAGAUAGGCCGGGCCCAAAGAAACACAGACAACAUUCUACUUCCUGUAACAGAGGAGUAUUCAUACUGUAGUAGAUCCCCAUGCCAGAAUGGGGGUACAUGUAUAAAUGCAAGAACUAGCUUUAUCUGUGCUUGCCGACAUCCUUUCAUUGGUGACAACUGUACUGUCAAAGUGGCAGGAGAAGAUGCUUUAGCUCCAGAUUUUUCAAAAGGAACUUACAGAUAUGCACCGAUGGUGGCAUUUUUUGCAUCUCAUACUUACGGAAUGACUACACCUGGUCCUAUCUUAUUUAAUAACUUGGAUGUCAACUAUGGAGCCUCAUAUACUCCAAGAACUGGAAAAUUCAGAAUCCCCUAUCUUGGGGUGUAUGUUUUUAAGUAUACCAUUGAGUCAGUUAGUGCUCAUAUCUCUGGAUUUUUAGUGGUUGAUGGAGUAGACAAGCUUGCAUUUGAGUCUGAAAAUGGUAACCGUGAAGUACACUGUGAUAGAGUUCUGACUGGGGAUGCCUUAUUAGAAUUAAAUUAUGGGCAGGAAGUGUGGUUGCGCCUUGUAAAAGGAACAAUUCCAGCCAAAUUUCCCCCUGCCACUACAUUUAGUGGUUACUUAUUAUACCGUACAUAAAUUAGCAUGAAAGACAGACUGUCACCUUUACUGAGAAGCAGCCAGUGUUUUUAUUUAUCUUUGCAUGCACAUCUACUCUAUUUUUGGUUUUUCAACAUGAAUGAAAAUGAACCUUUUUAUAAAAUCUGAGUAAGGCUCUAAGUUUGUUUAUUUCACAAAAAUUAUUUAAAUAUCUUUUAAACAACCUGUAUAUGAAAGAAUUUUUGCUUCUAAACAGAUUUAGUAGCAUAGAAAACAAAAUUAGCUUUUUAGCAUAACCAUUCCUAUUUUUGUUUUUUCAUGUUAAGGCAUUGCAAUAUAAAGGAAUAUUAUAAAAUGACAAUCAGUCACUAUUGUCAGUCACAGUAAUCUUUUCAACAGAACAUUUAACUUUUGUGAUUCCCUGUGUACAUAAAUAUAUAACAUAUGUUUCUCAAAUUCACAAGUUCCAAGUACUGAAAGACCAAGAAGUUGUCCUUUAACUUUGAUUUUCAGUCUUUUCUGUUGUUUUAAAAUUUUACAUAUUGGAAUUUUCCCUUGUAAUGAAAAUUUUUAAACUUGAAUUAGAAAUUUGAAAUAUGCUUUACUAUUGUUUCCUUCCUAAACUAUAUUCAAUGUCCUGUGAAAAGCCAUAAUGGAGAAGAAUAUGAAAAAGAAUAUAUAUGUGUGUAACUGAAUCAAUUGCUAUACACCACAAACUAACACAACAUUGUAAGCCAACUAUACAUCAAUAAAAUUUUUUUAAAAGA